AUGGUUUUCGAGCUUCGUGGUAAACCGUUUACGCUUCGUGAUACCGGACGUCUGGAAGGUGUCUAUUCGCUGUGCCGAAAUUGGAUUCGUGACAGCGAUGAUGGACGGCCGAAAGAAAAACGCGAAAUAGAACAUCCGGAACCACCCGAUGAUGCUCUUGUAUGGGAUCUAUUAGCAACGAAAGAAAUCUGGGCAUUGCCAAGACCUCAUGACAAUCUCUGCAUUGAUCCUGCACCUAAAGCACUGUACAUGGACAAGAAACUCUUAGCAAAUAUGAAUACGUCGAGUAAGAAGGAUAUGAUGAAUGCUUACCUGUCUCAUUGGAAAAUGAUCAAAAAAAAGUUAGCCAAUCUUCGUGUUUUCCGACAAUUUUGCUGUAGCAGUUGUCUGGUGCAUUAA